UGUAUGCGGAGGCCCGCCUUCCUCCCGGCCCCGAGUCCGGGGUUUCUGCCGCCGGAGCGUUCCGCCUCGCUCAGCGGGCCUCCACAGGCGUGGCCGCCGGAGCCAUCGACAGGGUCUGGCACUUCCGCGCUUCGCGGGGCGAGGGCCUGCGGGUUUCCUCCAGCCGGGGAGGGCGGAGGCGGGGCAGAGGCCUUUUCGGGCCUUAGGCCCCGCGGGCCGGGCCGGGCCGGGGAAGACGCGGCCGUCGCUCUCCAUCCGGGCGCGCGCGGCCCUCUCGGGACCUGCCGGCGCCCCGUAGCUCGGGCGCGCGCCUGUCGCAGCCGCAGGAAGGAGGGGUCCGGCCUGAGACCUGGGGCGGCGGCCGCCAUGCAGAUCCCCUCGGCCCACGGCCGGUGCCUGGGGCGCCGGGGGCGGCCCUGAGCGCGCUCCUCCCGGCCGGGCGGGAUCGCGGACGUGCCCCAGCGGCUCGGCCGGCUCUGCGCGCCCACCUCCCCGGCUGCGCUGCUGCCUGGGCGCGGCGGCGGCGGCGGCCGCCCCUGUUGAAUGGGCUGUGAGGGCCCGGGUUUGAAGCGCUGGCGAACGCGGCCUCCGGGGGCGCAAGGCGGCAGCAGCGGUGGCGACCAGACGGGUGCUGGAGUUGGCGGCGGCCAUGGAGGGCCUGGCUGGCUAUGUGUACAAGGCGGCCAGCGAGGGCAAGGUGCUGACUCUGGCUGCGCUGCUUCUCAACCGGUCUGAGAGCGACAUCCGCUACCUGCUCGGCUAUGUCAGCCAGCAGGGAGGGCAGCGCUCCACGCCCCUCAUCAUCGCAGCCCGCAACGGGCACGCCAAGGUGGUGCGCUUGCUGCUAGAGCACUACCGGGUGCAGACUCAGCAGACUGGCACCGUCCGUUUCGACGGGUAUGUCAUUGACGGUGCCACCGCUCUUUGGUGUGCAGCGGGAGCAGGUCAUUUUGAAGUGGUUAAGCUUCUCGUCAGUCAUGGAGCCAACGUGAACCACACCACAGUCACUAACUCGACCCCGCUGCGGGCAGCAUGCUUCGAUGGCAGAUUGGACAUUGUGAAAUACUUGGUUGAAAAUAACGCCAACAUCAGCAUUGCCAACAAGUAUGACAACACCUGCCUAAUGAUUGCAGCAUAUAAGGGCCACACUGACGUGGUCAGAUACCUUUUAGAGCAACGUGCCGAUCCCAACGCUAAAGCACAUUGUGGAGCCACAGCAUUGCACUUUGCAGCUGAAGCCGGGCACAUAGACAUCGUGAAAGAGCUGAUAAAAUGGCGCGCCGCCAUAGUAGUGAACGGCCACGGGAUGACGCCGUUAAAAGUAGCUGCUGAAAGCUGCAAAGCUGACGUUGUCGAGCUGUUGCUCUCCCACGCUGAUUGUGACCGAAGAAGUCGGAUUGAAGCUUUGGAGCUCUUGGGUGCCUCUUUUGCAAAUGACCGUGAGAACUAUGACAUCGUGAAGACUUACCACUAUUUAUACUUAGCCAUGUUGGAGAGGUUUCAGGAUGGUGAUAACAUUCUUGAGAAAGAGGUUCUCCCACCAAUCCACGCUUAUGGGAAUAGGACUGAGUGUAGAAAUCCUCAGGAACUGGAAUCCAUUCGGCAAGACAGAGAUGCUCUUCACAUGGAAGGCCUUAUAGUUCGGGAACGGAUUUUAGGUGCCGACAACAUUGAUGUUUCCCAUCCCAUCAUUUACCGGGGAGCUGUGUAUGCGGAUAACAUGGAGUUUGAACAGUGUAUCAAGUUGUGGCUUCAUGCCCUGCACCUCAGACAGAAAGGUAACAGGAAUACCCAUAAGGAUCUUCUUCGAUUUGCCCAAGUUUUUUCACAGAUGAUACAUUUGAAUGAAACUGUGAAGGCCCCAGAUAUAGAAUGUGUUUUGAGAUGCAGUGUUUUGGAAAUAGAACAAAGUAUGAACAGAGUAAAAAGUAUUCCAGAUGCUGACGUCCACAAUGCUAUGGACAAUUAUGAAUGUAAUCUCUACACCUUUCUGUAUUUAGUGUGCAUCUCCACCAAAACACAGUGCAGUGAGGAAGACCAGUGCAAAAUUAACAAGCAGAUCUACAACCUAAUCCACCUUGAUCCUAGAACUCGGGAGGGUUUCACCUUGCUGCACCUUGCUGUCAACUCCAAUACCCCAGUUGAUGAUUUCCACACCAACGACGUCUGCAGCUUUCCCAACGCGCUUGUCACGAAGCUCCUGCUGGACUGUGGUGCGGAGGUGAAUGCUGUGGACAAUGAAGGCAACAGCGCCCUUCACAUUAUCGUUCAGUACAACAGGCCCAUCAGCGAUUUUUUGACCUUGCACUCUAUCAUCAUUAGCCUAGUGGAAGCUGGCGCUCACACCGACAUGACCAAUAAACAGAAUAAGACUCCGCUAGACAAAAGUACAACUGGGGUCUCAGAAAUACUACUUAAAACUCAAAUGAAGAUGAGUCUCAAGUGCCUGGCUGCCCGGGCAGUUCGGGCUAAUGACAUUAACUAUCAAGACCAGAUCCCCAGAACUCUUGAAGAGUUUGUUGGAUUUCAUUAAGUGACUGGAUAUGUAAAAUCGUUUAAUGUGGUGCUAAAAAGUAAAGGACUUUAAUCACAGACAAUAGAAUUACGUGUUCAUAGAUUCUGCUUUUCUUUCCACCACCCUCCCUCCCUCCCUGUCCUUCCUUAGUUCUGUAUUUGGCCAUCUUGCCUCAUAUGGUGAUUGAUGUCAAAUACACUUUAAACAAAGCCACAUUGUUUAGGUGUAACUAUAAUCUAAGGUGUUUGGAUAUUGGUCACUCACCUAUUUUUCCUUCUUUCUUUUUUUAAGGAGCAUAACAUUUUGUUUAUGUGACAAGGGACAUUUAUGAUUGGAAAUUGAUAAUGUUUAACAAAAAACAGACUACAACGGUAUUUCUGUUGGUCCCGUGUCAGCCUGUUAUCCUUGCAGCAAUUCUGUGGAUUCCAUGAAGAAAAAUAACUAAAAGGAACAUUAAAAGUAAUGGAAUUUCCAAAUGUUCUGCACAUGCCAAACUGCUAUAGGUAGUUUUCACUCUUCCAUUAUUUAUGUGAAGUGAUAUAACACAUUAUACCAUCAGGAGGAUUUUAAAAAAUAUAGCUGCAGAUUAAUCUGAAAAAUGUGCUAAUAAUAGUUACUAAUUUAUAAAGUUAAAUCCAUUGAAAUUGUUGAAUUAUGCUGGGUGGUACACACAAAGUUUAGUAAUUUUAAAGCAACUUUUCAGAAUAUUGAUGGACUGUUUGCCUUUAGGCUUGGAUUCUAAAAUUUGUCUCUGUAUUAAUGUAAUCUAAAUUGCAGCAGUCUGCAUCUAACUCAACUCAUAGACAUGUAAACAGAAUGAAUGCUGUGUUUUCUGAUGAAACAAAUUGUCGUAAUAUAGUUACAUGUUUUAUUUCUUGUCCCCUUCUCCCUUUCCUCCUGUGUGGUAUCUUUUAAAAUUGGAAACUACUUUUCCAAGGGCAUUAUUUGUGCCUCCCUAAGAAGGUGUUUAUGACAGGUGAGAAGGAGCCAGGAUAUUUUUAAUUUUGUCCCUUUAUUUAGUCUGUGAUAAGAAGUAGAAAAAUCAAUAGUGUGGUGUAAGGAAUUCAAUGUUUUUGAUGAUGAAAAUAAUUCACAAUGCCAUUUUGAAAGAUACUUCUGUCUGAGAGCAGCAGAUUUUGAACCACAUAACGUCGCUUACUCUGACAGGCUGUACAGAAGUUUUGUUUCUUUGUUUUAUUUUCAUGGCAACAUUUUUACUGUCAGACUAAAGUAAUAUUCUGUGAUUAUCCUUUAAGCAUCACAGAAAUUCAAAAAGGGUACACACUUACUUCUAUUGAUGUUAAAAGUGAUAAAGAAAGUAAAAUUAGGUAUAUCUGUAUUUUUCUCUCUAGUGCCAAAUGAAUGCCUUAGCUACCCAUAGUGCAUGGACUGUAAGUGAAGACCUGUGGCUUUUUUCUUUAAUGAAAAGCAUUAUAAUGAUGUAGCAACAUCAGCUAUAAACAAACAAAAAAAAAAACUUGUAAAGUUUCAGUUAACAUUUUAUGUAUGGAUAUUGCUUUGUAAAGUGUAAGAAGAAGGUUGCAGUUGGAUCAGUAUAAAAUGUAAUGACCAAACCAAAAUCAGCACCUAGGGCCUUAAAUAGAGAUACCCCAUGAAGUGGAAUACUUUGAAGGAUGGGAGGGGAUGGCUGGGGGGACUUUGGAACCUUCCCCCCCCCCCCCCCCCAGAAUGCAGGAUACUUACACUGCUGCUGUAGUUACGCUUCACGUGUGUUCUUGCUUCAGUUAGUAAUGUUUUGAUGGUAAAUUCUGUCAUGGUAAUAUGUUUCUGUUUUCCUAAUCUGAGGUUUGAAAAGGAAGGUUUUUAGGAAGGCUUAAAGGCAAGUAUUUGAAUGAGCCCUAAUUUAAAAAUGGCUGGCCUUGGUCCUCCUGGUGUGAGUCAGGGGGACUACUGUACUGUGCUCUUGGCAACCCUCGUGGCCUGAAAGAGGAAGUGCACGUCCUCCAGGUGAGUGAAUCACGCCCUUUUCCCCGGCUCGGAUCGGACCCUGUGUUCUCAGACUUCAAGGCCUGCUUAUUCGGCUGUGAUACUUGGUAUUUACUUGCUUCCAUGACUAAUGCAUAUGAUUUUUAAACACCAAAACUUAAAGCAUCAGAUAAUGCUGCAUGUUUUAGAAACCAUUUCAUCCCUUUGGCUACCCAGGACCAGAACUGUUGUAGCUAUUAACUUACCUAUAAAAUGAGGAUAAUGAUUAUCUGUACAUAUUCAGACAUCAAAAUUUAAUGACACUCAGUGUUUUUGAGAAGGGAGGACUGAAUGCUGGAGAGAGUAAAACUGCUGAUUGAAAUGCUGACACAACUGGAGAAAAUUUUUGAAGACAGUGGAAUAGACUAUAAACCCUGCUAAUGGUAACUGAGGUUUGUUUUGUUUGUUUCAUCAACUAUAAUAUAGCAGUACAUUGUGCACUAUAUUGCUAAGGAUCUAAUUCCAUCUUGUAAAAUAAAUUCAAAUGUGUAUUGUGAAACACCUGUAUAAAACCAUUUUUGAAACAAGCAAUCUACAUGCCUGUUUUUUUAUUUGUUUUUGGUAGAAUUACUUUAAAAUACCUUUAGUCAAACCCUUCCCAAACUUACGUUUUGUUUUGUUUUAAGGAAAUUAGGUAAGAGAGGUGAUGGCUCUGUCUCAGCUGAGAGCUCCAGGCGACUGCCGUUUUCUAGCCACUUUUGUCAUUUUAUGUCUACUGUUGGUAGAAUUAUGCUGUGGAUUGCAAGUCUUCCUUGAUAAUUACACGUUCUGUCAAAACUUCUUGGUCUUCCUCAGUAAUUGUCAUAAGAAUUUGGUUGAAUUAGAGGCCCAGGUGGAUGAAUGCCUGGGCACAAAGCAUGUGAAACCUGGGUUGAGAAAACUGAACUCUUGAGUUUAGAUAACUAAUUCAAGGAAUGGGCAGCAAAUCCAUCUCCUCAACUGACAAAGAUGGGGGAAGUUUCUGACAGAAUUCUGACACAACAUAGUCAUUUUCUACCCUGGAUUGCUCUGGCAGGCCACAGUCCAGCUACCUUAAGGUUCUUUGCUGUGUGAACUAUAAACAAACAAACCAAAAAGCAAACUUUAGUCUUGCUUAUUUAUGGGAAGGGUUUUAUUUCACUACACUAAUAGUUGAUUAAUAACUGGUAAUUAUGAGAAACUUAGGUAUGAUAGCACUGUUUGAAGUAAAAUAUGAUUUGGGGGCAGCCACUCCUUAAGUCUCUGCAUUUGGCAAGUGUUCUUGAAAAUUAAAAUCCCAAGGGAACAAUACCCUGUUACCAGUCUCCACCUCAGUUGAAGCAGCUACUUUAGGAAUAAGGCCACUUUGGAUUAUUCAAGCAGAAGCAGUUCUUUUUGGGAUAAGGUUGGGUGAGGAGUGAGUUGCUGGUCCUUGGAUUACAGUUUGCUGGUUUUAGAAGCAGCCAGUGAUCAAACUAGUGAGUAGAUGGAUAAAAGUAUAAAGGACUUGUUCUUAUGGUAGAUUUUCUGUAAAAAUCUUAAAUGUUCCUUUUCAGGCUAGCCAGAUGUGUCAAUAUACAGAUGACUACACCAUUUUCCUCACUGACUACACUAUGACAUUAAAAUGGGUUAAAGAAAACAAACUCUGCCUUUUGCUCUGUGGAAAGUUACUAGUCCAUAGAUUUGAAGCUGUGUGUUCACUCCUACUCUGAAAAUGCACAGCCCGCUCUGGAUCCCCUCUCUGGGAAGUAGAGAGCUCCUAAUGUGUGUAGCACGUUGCUGGGCUUUCUCAGACACUCCUGGCAGAUUCGCCCGAAUCUUCAGAUGGGCUGCUUUGUACAGUAUCUUCUCCCCCAAAAUAUGGGAUCAGAAAUACAUACUACAUGGAUAGUGGUGAUAGAUAAUAAUUUUCAAAACUGUAAAUUAAAUGUGGUCUCUAGUCCUAGGUUUGUGGUGUGUUCAUUGUUGUUAAUGUGUAGGGAAGGGACACAGACUUGGUGGAUAUGGGGAGUGUAUCUUGAUAUGUGUGCAGGGGUGAGUAUCACUAAAUUUAUUAACAGCUUUUCCUUUGGGGGUGAGUCGGGUGAUGAGUGGCCUAAUCAGAAAAAUGAAAGAGUGAAGAUGCAAGUUUUGCCAAGUGAUGAAGUGAACAAGGUUUUGUAUCUGCUUUUCUUUUUUUAUCAGGUGUUGUAAAAUCCAUGCAUGGCUUUUUGUUGUUGUUGCUUAGUAAUUGAUAGAGGAGAAAAGAUGAGGGGAAAACCUCAGCUUUGCUAACCAAUCUUUUAAGAGGUACAUAGUUGGGGAGAAAAAUCUUACUGGCUUAAUGUGUUGAAAGAUCCUGUCCUUUAUAAUAUUCACCCCAGCCUGCAGUCCUCCAUGUAGAGGAACUACAUUGUUGUACUCUGGUAGUCCACUGUGAUUUAUAACAAACCAGUGAUGUCAUUCUGCUGUGCACUUUUGUCAAAUCAUUUACGUGACUUUAAUAAACAUAGUAAACUUGCUGACUGCACCAGAGGUCUGUUAGUGAUUUAUAUAUUGCAUGACAUUUUCUAUUUGAGUUUGACAUGUAGAAUCAUUUUUAAUUUCGUGGUAAUUGACAGUCGUAACAGCCCAACUAAUUUAAAACUAACAAUAUUGCUAUGUAAAAGGAAAAAAUGGUGUUUGUGUUCAGUAAAUGUUUGGAAAAAACUA